AGCAACACACAAUCACAACAGAGUCCCCCCAAAAACCCUAAUAAUCCCCCCAUUUCUUUCGACAUUUCAUCGCCCCCAACACAAACUUGAGGUAAGUCGGAGCAGCGGCGACAACAACAACAACAAUGGGUAUCGAUUUGAAGGCCGGAGGUAAGUCGAAGAAGACAAAGAGAACAGCCCCUAAAUCCAACGAUGUCUACCUUAAACUCCUCGUUAAGCUCUACAGAUUCCUCGUUCGUAGGACUGGUAGCAGCUUCAACGCCGUCGUUUUGAAGAGGCUAUUCAUGUCUAAGACUAACAAAGCUCCCCUUGCUCUGUCUCGUCUCAUCAAGUAUAUGAAUGGGAAGGAGGACAAGGUUGCGGUGAUAGUGGGGACAGUGACUGAUGAUAUUCGAGUGUACGAGGUUCCGACAUUGAAGGUGACUGCUUUGAGGUUUACUGAGACUGCUAGAGCAAGGAUUGAGAAGGCUGGUGGUGAAUGUCUUACUUUUGAUCAGCUUGCUCUUAGGGCUCCUCUUGGACAGAACACUGUUCUUCUCAGAGGGCCAAAGAAUGCCAGAGAGGCAGUUAAGCACUUUGGCAAAGCUCCUGGUGUCCCACACAGUCACACUAAGCCAUACGUCCGAUCAGAGGGUAGGAAGUUUGAGAAAGCUAGAGGAAGGAGGAACAGCAGGGGAUACAGGAAUUAAGUUAUUCACCUUGUUCUUAAAGCUCUUUUGUUUCCAGUUGCAGCUAUUCGAGUUUUGCUGGAGUUAGCAGCUAUCAUUGACAAGAUCUAAUUUUUAUUACUCUUAUUUUUAUAUCUACUGUGAUUUUACUCUUUUUUUGGUUAUUGUAGUUCUGUUUAUGAAAUAUCAUGCGAGGCAUAUUAUUUUGAGAUAGUCUUUUUAUCCCUUUUGUUUC